UCAGCACCCAGCGCGCUGGAUUAUUGGUCAAAUCGGCGCGGGUGGGCGGAAGCAGAAGGUUGUUUGGCCGAUGCGGCGGCCGGCUUGGCGAAGCCGAUUGGCGGGACGGAUUGCCACCCGGCUGAUGAUUGGGCUUCUCGGAACGGGCGGGAACAGAAGAUUUUAUUGGCCGGAGGGAGUGCGGGAGCAGCGGGGUGGUGCAUUGGCAGGUCCGGCCGUCGGUCAGGGGUCGACCCUGUGCUGAUUGGUUCUCUCUGGGAUAGAGGGUGGGAGCUAAUGAAUGAUUGGCGGAGCUGACUGUCAAUCAGGGGCCCCGUUGGAGGGGGAGGGAGGAGGUUUCCGGCCGGCGGCAGACGCGCACGGAGGCAUAGAUCGAGUGAGUGAGCGGCCGGGCGGUGGAGGGCGGACAAGUGAGCCUCAGGCUUCAGUCCACAGUGCCAUGAACGGUUCCUUGACGCCCCCCCCUUCGGGGGAAUCAGAAAACCCACCCCUGGAGCCCCCAGCCUGGCAGGACUUCUGUGAGCUCCAGGCUGCCGCCGCAGCUGCCGACUUUGCCCGGCGCUGCCGGCGAUUCCUGGCCCUCCACCCCAACCAGGAGGUGCCUGGGGGGGGCUCAGCCCUCUCCCGACACUUCGUCCGCCACUUCCUGGACCGUUUCCGGCAGGAGCUGGCUGCCGGAGGAGGGGGUGCUCCCCCCUCCUCCUCCUCCCCGGCCCCCUCUCCCUCACCUUCACCCACCCCAUCCCCCUCCUCACCCCCUGCCCACCUCUCCCGUAGCACAGAGGAGUUGCCGGGCCCCCGUCCACUCUCCAAGCCCCGUCUGCGCAAACGAUUCUCCCUCAGGAGCGUCGGACGCUCGGUCAGGGGAAGUGUCAGGGGGAUUCUCCAUUGGAGGAGUGGAGGAGGAGGAGGUGGAACGGGGGCUUCCGAAGAGGAGGAGGCAUCGGAGGAGGCAGGCGGAGCGAGGGAGCCGACCUCCGAGCGCUGGUCCCACCGCCUUGAGAGGCUGAGGCUGGGCAGGAGCCCACAGCGACCCCCCGCCCUGGACCCCCGCGAGGUCAGGCGGACGGGCCUCCUCAACUACGUGGCGGCCGAGGAAGCAAUCAGCGGCGGUAGGGCACGGUGGAGUAAGUGCCGGUUGGUGCUACGUCAAGCCAGCCAGGAAGAGGGCUACCGGCUGGAGUUCUAUGUCCCACCAAAGGCCACCAAACCUCGUGUCAGUAUUCUUUGCUCCUCAAUUGUGGAUGUUAGAACGAGUACUUCCCUUGAGAUGCCAGACAAGGAGAAUACUUUUGUAUUAAAGACGGACGACCUGACGGAUUACAUCUUGGAGACAGUCGAUUCUCUGCAGAUGAAGUCCUGGCUGGCCGAUAUUCAGGAGUGCAUGAGCCCUGGAGACGGCGAGGAGCAGACAAGCCUGGGAUGUGUGAACCACUCAGAGAGUAUGCCCAGCAGAGACCUGCCCAUCCUGCCCUGCAGCAGUGCAGAACAUAUCUCACAAGGUGCCUACGGUGGGCUGUCGGACCGCCCGUCCACCUCCGUCUCCCCCAGCUCUGUCUCCGUCACCCCCACCCGCUUUGGCUCACUGGAGCUCUCCCCUCCGGAGCUACCCCCCCGCAUCCCCAUCGAGGAGACGCUGGAGAGGUUACAGACCCUCCCCACCCCACUCCCGGACACCCCCGACACAGCAGGCUCACCCUUCAUUUUCCAGAUCGACCAGGACCUGGGGGAGGGAGAUCACCCUCUCUCUGAGUACCCCUGGUUCCAUGGGACCCUCUCCCGCCUGAAGGCCGCACAGCUGGUGUUGGCGGGGGGAGUCAACAGCCACGGCGUCUUCCUGGUGAGACAGAGUGAGACCCGGAGAGGAGAGUACGUCCUGACCUUCAACUUCCAGGGCAAGGCCAAGCACCUCCGCCUCUCCAUCAACGAUGAGAACCAGUGCCGUGUGCAACACCUCUGGUUCCAGACCAUCUUUGACAUGCUGGAACACUUCCGUGUCCACCCCAUCCCGCUGGAAUCCGGCGGCUCCAGUGACGUGACGCUGGCCAGCUACGUGGUGUCCUGCCAGCGGUCCCACGAAAUGAGCACCUUUCAUAGCCCAGCUCCCCCACCCCUGCCACCAGCCCCUGCCUCCCGGCACCAGAGCACUGAGGAAGGGGGCACUAGCCGCUCCUGGUACAGCCCGGGAGCUUCGCCACCCCCUCCUGCCCGCCCACCCCCCCCACCCUGCUCCCCCUCUCCUCCGAGAGGCCCACCCCUCCCCCAGGAGGGGGCAGAGGGGGGGGAGGGGGAGGAGGAGGUUGGGGGUGAGGCGUCGGGGAGAGGGGAUGGGGAUGAGGGUGAGGAGGAGGAAGUGGAAGGGAGGACGGAACGGAUUUCCUGCUGCCCCCCACCUCCGGAUUCAUCCCGGGAGCGCAGACCUCCGCUGCAGCCCCUCUCUGCUGCGGAGGAGCCGCAGGAAGGGGGCCACACUCGGGCCGUGGACAACCAGUACUCCUUCAUCUGAGGG